GAUUUCUCGCGAGAACAGCCAAAGCCGGAAGCUCCACGUCGGUGAAUUGGGCAGUGAGCGAACCUGGGAGCUUCGGGAGGCUGAAGCAGCCCUGAGCGGGAGCUGAAGCCAUGCCUCUCCGACUUGAUAUAAAGCGUAAGCUCACAGCUCGAUCUGACCGUGUGAAGAGUGUAGACUUACAUCCUACAGAGCCAUGGAUGUUGGCUAGUCUUUACAAUGGCAGUGUCUGUGUCUGGAAUCAUGAAACACAGACACUAGUCAAGACCUUUGAAGUAUGUGACCUGCCAGUCAGAGCAGCUAAAUUUGUGGCAAGGAAGAACUGGGUUGUGACAGGAGCUGAUGACAUGCAAAUAAGAGUUUUCAACUACAAUACUUUGGAAAGAGUUCACAUGUUUGAAGCACACUCAGAUUAUAUCCGCUGCAUUGCUGUGCAUCCUACACAACCUUUCAUUCUUACUAGCAGUGAUGAUAUGCUGAUUAAACUAUGGGACUGGGACAAAAAAUGGUCCUGCUCACAAGUGUUUGAAGGGCACACUCAUUAUGUGAUGCAGAUUGUCAUAAAUCCUAAGGACAAUAACCAGUUUGCCAGUGCUUCUUUGGACAGGACAAUCAAGGUGUGGCAGCUUGGCUCUUCUUCACCCAACUUUACUUUGGAAGGCCAUGAAAAAGGCGUAAAUUGUAUUGAUUACUACAGUGGAGGUGAUAAGCCAUACCUGAUUUCAGGAGCAGAUGACCGCCUUGUUAAGAUCUGGGACUAUCAGAAUAAAACAUGUGUGCAAACUCUGGAGGGACAUGCACAAAAUGUGUCAUGUGUUAGUUUCCAUCCUGAGCUGCCUAUUAUUAUCACUGGUUCUGAAGAUGGUACUGUUCGUAUCUGGCAUUCAAGUACUUACCGUUUAGAAAGUACUCUGAACUAUGGCAUGGAGCGGGUAUGGUGUGUGGCAAGCCUGAGAGGAUCAAAUAACGUUGCUUUGGGAUAUGAUGAGGGAAGCAUCAUUGUUAAGCUUGGCCGAGAAGAGCCAGCAAUGUCAAUGGAUGCCAAUGGAAAGAUUAUUUGGGCAAAACAUUCCGAAAUCCAGCAAGCUAAUCUGAAAGCAAUGGGAGAUGCUGAAAUCAAAGAUGGAGAAAGGCUGCCUCUGGCUGUGAAAGAUAUGGGUAGCUGUGAGAUAUAUCCUCAGACCAUUCAACAUAACCCUAAUGGGCGGUUUGUUGUGGUAUGUGGGGAUGGUGAAUACAUAAUUUAUACAGCAAUGGCAUUGAGAAACAAAAGCUUUGGUUCUGCUCAGGAGUUUGCAUGGGCACAUGACUCUUCAGAGUAUGCAAUCCGGGAAAGCAACAGCAGUGUCAAAAUAUUCAAAAACUUCAAAGAGAAGAAGUCCUUUAAACCUGACUUUGGAGCAGAAGGUAUCUAUGGCGGUUUUUUACUGGGUGUCAGAUCUGUCAAUGGCUUGGCAUUUUAUGACUGGGAAAAUACAGAGCUGAUACGGAGAAUUGAAAUACAGCCCAAACAUAUUUUCUGGUCUGAUUCUGGGGAACUUGUCUGCAUAGCUACAGAAGAAUCAUUUUUCAUUCUGAAGUAUCUUUCUGAGAAAGUGGCCGCAGCACAGGAGACACAUGAGGGAGUCACUGAAGAUGGCAUUGAAGAUGCCUUUGAGGUACUUGGUGAAAUCCAAGAGAUUGUAAAAACAGGGUUGUGGGUAGGUGACUGUUUCAUUUACACCAGUUCUGUGAACAGACUGAACUACUAUGUUGGAGGAGAAAUAGUCACCAUUGCACAUUUGGACCGAACAAUGUAUUUACUGGGGUAUAUUCCGAAAGACAACAGACUUUAUCUUGGUGACAAAGAAUUAAAUAUAGUGAGUUACUCCUUGCUAGUCUCAGUGCUAGAGUAUCAGACUGCUGUGAUGAGGAGAGACUUCAGUAUGGCCGACAAAGUACUUCCCACAAUUCCAAAGGAACAGAGGACCAGAGUUGCACACUUCCUUGAGAAACAGGGGUUCAAGCAGCAAGCUCUUGCAGUCUCGACAGAUCCAGAACAUCGCUUUGAACUUGCUCUUCAGCUUGGUGAACUUAAGAUUGCUUAUCAACUUGCAGUGGAAGCAGAGUCUGAACAGAAAUGGAAGCAACUGGCUGAGCUAGCUAUCAACAAAUGCCAGUUUGGCCUUGCCCAGGAGUGCCUGCAUCAUGCGCAGGAUUAUGGCGGCUUACUUCUUUUGGCCACCGCUUCAGGAAAUACCAGCAUGGUGAACAAGCUUGCAGAGGGAGCAGAAAAAGAUGGGAAGAACAAUGUAGCAUUUAUGAGCUACUUCCUGCAAGGAAAGCUUGACAGCUGUCUUGAGCUCUUGAUUAAAACUGGACGCUUACCAGAAGCUGCGUUCUUAGCACGAACAUAUUUGCCGAGCCAAGUUUCAAGGGUUGUAAAACUGUGGAGAGAGAAUCUGUCUAAAAUCAACCAGAAAGCUGCCGAAUCCCUGGCUGAUCCCACUGAAUAUGAAAACUUGUUCCCAGGAUUAAAAGAAGCUUUUGUUGCUGAAGAAUAUAUCAAGAGCUCACAAACUGCUUUGCGCCCAGCCAGUGAAUAUCCACUAGUCACUCCAAAUGAAGAAAGAAACGUCCUGGAAGAAGCCAAAAAUUUCACGCCACAAAAAGCAGAAAUAUUUGAGGAGUCAGAAGAAGAACUAAUUCCUACAGCUAAGCCUGUGACAGUGCCUCCAGUUGCAGGGAAGGACCCAAUUGAAACAAAAGAUGAAAAGGCAUUACUGGAACUGGAUGAAGACUUGGAUAACUUAGACCUGGAGGAUAUUGAUACUACCGAUAUUAAUUUGGAUGAAGAGAUGUCUGACUAAACCUUUAAAGAAAGACCAAACACCUUACAAAUUACUUUGCACUAACUUUAUUGUUAGUGCAGUCUUCAUGUCGGAAAGUGGCUUGACUUUUUUUAUAUAUACUUUACUUGGAUGAAAUAGGGAGGAGUAGAUCUUCAAAAAAAUCUUCUAUUUCUGUUUCAUAGACCUCCUUAUGCUAUUACAAGCUCAUGCUACAUGAAGAAAGUCCUUUAAUAAAUGUUUUUAAAAUUC